GUUAUGUUAGACUGAUGUUAUUAGACCUAAAAUAUUUAAGAACUGUGUUAUUUAGAUCUGUUGUUCACGAAUUGAAUUGAAUCUAGAAAAAAUAAAUAAUCUAGACAAGAUUAAGUUAUUUUAUUGUUAAUUUUUUUUCUGGUGGAUUUAUUUGUGGACAAAAUAAAAAUAAAAAUAGUGUCGCGUUGCAGAUUUUUAUUUCUGUCAUAUCUCAAGGACCAUUUGUUUACAAAUAUCUAUAGACAUUGAUCUAUGUCAAGCAAUAGAUCUAAUUCUCAUAAUAAUAAUAGAUUCUAGAUCUAGCCUGGAUUCUUGAUUGAAUAUCUAACCGCUAACCUAACUUCUAACAACAUCACAACUGGAGUUGGAAGUUAAUGUAUCAAAUCUACCUCUGAGUGAACUUUGAAAAUAGAACUCAUGGAAAAGCAACUUCCUGAGAAAAGAAAAAAAUCCAAACUAAACAAGUCAACAGCAGUAAAUGUUAAUGAUUCCAGUUAUGGUUCGUUAAUCACAGGAACAAGCAGUAGCUCCUCUCUUUCUCUCUCUCUGUUCAGUGAGAGUGAUUUCGCUGAAGCACCAUCAACAAGUGGGUGUAGCUCUGAAAUGGCUAGCGCUAUGCAGUCUAAGGAAAAAAAAAAGGAAAGAGCCAAAGAGUUUAUGAAAACUCUCAAGUCAAUGUUACCACCCAAGGAGCGGGCUAGAAAAAUGGAUACCCUUUCUACCCUGGAGCAGCUUGUAAACAGCAUGAGGCAACUCAAUGAGGAACAAACAAGACAGAGUGAAUUUAAGAUUCCACCCCCUCACAGUGGAUCUUAUGUGGAUCAUGAUUCAGAGAAACUUUCACAAAGUAACAUGUACAUCUCAGUGACAUUAAAAAACCAUGUGGUACAGUCGGCCUCUACAGUUUUAAUGGAACACUUGGGUUACCCUGUGGAUUGGUGGAAAGGCAGACUACUGAAGGACUUUGUCAACAAAAAGGAUAUAAACACUGUUAACAGUUGCAUUGCUCUACACUCUAGUGAUGAGGAACACACAGAGACAUCUGACAAUGCUGUCAGCUCAUCCACUGGGAGAACCAAGGAAGGAUCAAAGUACUUUUAUGCCAGAAUUAGGAGGUUUCGCAAGCUGGGUGAUGGAUUUACUCUACACAAUGUGAUCUCCUACUGCCCCUUCAUGAUGAUGAUAACAACUAAACCACCAGAACCCAGUGACUCAUCUGAUGAAGAGGGAAGCAGACACAAAAAAUGGCUGACCAUUUACUGCCAGCCACUCAGCUCAGCUUACACUGAUCGACAUGUUAUUCCUGAGAAAAGAAACUUCAGCCUUAGACACUCAUUGUUCUGUAACUUCACAUACGUUCAUCCAAAUGCUGUUCGACUGCUUGGCUUUCUUCCCCAAGACCUGAAUAGCAUGUCAAUCUUUGAGCUGUAUCACCCUGAUGACUUCCAUCUACUGUUGGAGAUUCACAAGAAAAUUAUCUUGUCUAUGGGUCAACCCUUUAAGAGUGGCGCCAUCAGGCUUCGGACAAGAAAUGGGUGUUAUGUUGAAGUGGAGACUGAGUGGUCAAGUUUUAUGAACCCCUGGUCAAUGCAGCUAGAGUUUAUCAUAGGACAACACACUAUUACCAAAGGACCUACUCGACCAGAUUUGUUUGAAGAUUUACCUGUGAAGCCAACCAGGAUUGAUCUCUCACCUGAAGCAAGGAAAAUAAAGGAGAACAUUCUGGAGGUCUUAAAAAGGCCAAUCCAGGGUGUGUUUGCAGAGCCAUCACCUGUUGUGGCCCAACCCGUUAAAGAGCCAGCUAAAGUACCACAAGCUACUGUCCUACACAGUGUUAUGGCUGAGACAGAGUCUAGUGUCAGAGUAGUUGGGAUGAAUGAAAAACCUAAGGGAGAAUCAUCUACUAGUGCUGAUAGUAAGUCAACUGUCAUUGAUGAUAAAGGGAUAUCUUCAAUUUACAACCAGCUGAAUUACUCUCACAACAUCAAAAGGUUCUUGAUGAGCCAUCCUAAAUCUUUCUCCAACGUAUCUGACGAAGACAGUGUGAUGACCAGAGAGGACAGUGAAGAUGAAGCAAUUAAUGAUGAUGAGGAGAUGCCACUUGAAAUCCCUGUGGUAAAGCCUCCAAGUUGUGGCAGCUCUACCCAGGUCCAUGUGUCAGAACAAGGGCAUGGGGAGGAGAUGUUGAGUCCCCCAACAUUUGGUGAUGAAGCCAUGCCACGCCAUGAAUCCACUGACAACAUCCACUUGCUCACUGAAGAGACAUUGAAGAAACACACCAAGCUUCAGGAGAGGCUCUACCUGCAGACCAUAUCAGAGGAGCAGCCUUUGUUGUUGAACAUGAGAAGGAUUAAGGGUUCAAGAAAUGCUUCUGUUCAGAAACGACCACGACCUAGAGAACUGGGUGAUGAUAUGGAGUUAGCUAAACAUCCAUGCACAAAGAGUGGGGUUUUCAGAUCUAGCUCCAACAUUUUCAUGCAGAGCUUCCCAGCGGUGACAUCAUCUGAACUGACCUCUGUGUCCACCUCAGCUCAGCCCUUGUACCACCAAGCUGAGAUGGUGGGGGGAAACCAGUACGACAACAGGUUCCUGAACCAGAACACACAUAUGGGAUAUCAACCAUUUCCUACUGCAUAUCCAACAGGUUCCCUUUUAUCAGGUUUCCAGCCAGUUGCCUUGGCUCCAUUCAGUGUUAUAAGGCCCUUAGUUCUAACCAAUCUUCUACACCUAGACCGUAGCCUCAACCAACCUGGAUACCCACUCUAUCCCCUGGCAGGUAACCAGGGACCUCAGCCAGCCCUCCAAGUUGACACCUCCUGUAUCCCCACCAGUCUUGGGCCAAUGAUACCAAAUAUGGGCCACUUUGACAUACGUGCUGCCAGUCCUGCGCAGAACAUACAAUGGCCAUUUUAUCCGCAAACUGGUUACACGCUGUUGCCCCAGGUGAUGACAGGUUUCUAUAGACCUGUGCUACAACCUGUCCAGGUACAGACAGUGGCAGCACCACAAGGUGGGUUCAUGAAGAGAACCAAUGGGGCAGCCAUGUUCCAGGAACCUCAAGCUCAUCAUGAAACUCAUGUUGGCCAGCCUCCCAAGAAAAUAAAGACUGACUUAUUUGAUAAAAAGAACCAUGAUUCUGACAACCCAUCCUCCUCCAUGGAAGAUACAACAUCCUCUAUCAUGUAUUUGUUGGAGGCUGACAGCUCAACAUUUGAGGAUUCUGACCACAAGGCAAGUCCUGCUGGGGCUGCAGCAACACGAGUACAAAACAAACGCUCCAUUGAGCCUCCAUGGACCAGAAGUGUCAAGUGGAACACUGACACCAAAAUGAGAUACACAAUGGCACAGAAGAAAACCUUCUCAGUGCUAAAGCUUGAUGAAAAGUUCCUGAAGAAGAACCAACAGAGUGAGAUGGCUCUGGCAUGUCUAGAACAACUCCUGGAAGAGAUCUCAUUGCCAGAUUGUCAAGAUACUAUGGAUGAAGAGGCAGAUUAUUUAUUCUACCCUGGUGAUGAAACACUAGAUGACCUGGAUAAAGUAGAUGACAAAACAGAGGAAGUUGAGUUCACACAGUUCAGCUCUCAAGUCAGUGACAGCGGAGGUGGAGGUGGAGGGGGUGGCAGAGGGGGAGGAGCAAGGGGUUCUACAGAGACUAUUGUGUGGAGUGUUGGGGUUUGUGAUAAUGAUGACGAGAGCUACGACACCCCUGUCAAUAACUCAGAAGAUGAGAAGUCCCCACCUACCCCCACUGGCGUCAAAGAAGACAAGACAAUAACUUUAGGAGGAAAGAACACCAAGAAUGAUGGCAAUGUUGCCAUGGAAACAGUUUUUCUAGAAAGCAGCCAGGCAGCCAAUAAUUCACCAUUGAUCAAAGGUGGCAGCAGUCCUAAGGAUGGGUCCAUGAGCGGGGAUGAGUGCAGUGGCAGUGAUGGUGGCCAGAAGGCUGAGAUGGAGGACGCCCAGUCCAACUGUUCCAAGGUCUCAAGUGAUCUGACCCCCAGCGAUGACCGCAGCAACGAGGAAGCGGGCAGCUCGCUGAAGGAAUCUGAUGCCUCCACCAAAAAAAUGAAGGGCGUGUCGUCAGUCGCCUCGUCUAAUUCUUCCAAUGACCACACCAGUCAGGAGGAAGGCUCCAGUGCUGUCCCUGCUAAAGAUGCUGAAGAUCUGAUCAAAAAACUCUUUGUACCACUCAAGGUACGAAUGACCCAGAGAUUAGAUGUACCAAGUAACCCGUACUGGUUGGUUGAGGCUCACCUGAGCCCAUGCGUGGCCAUGACCUACAAAAUACCCACCCGUCAACUUGAGAAUGUCCUCAAUGAAGACAAAAGAAAAAUGACUGACCUUGUCCAGUCCCCCAUGGUCAAGCAGCAGCUGCUGCAGUUGUUGAAUGAAGUGGACGUCAAGUCCGGGAUGACCGCGGCCACAGCAGCCACAACAUCCACCUACACAACACUGACCAAAACCUGUUGUCACACCUCAGUGAAAAAGUCACCUUCCCUCUCGGACUCGGCACUGGGGACCAUGACAGAAGAAGAUCAAUCAAAAGCAGGUACAGAGAAAUCAAUCAGUGAAAGAAAAUGUUCAUUUUCUUCUACCCGUGUUGACGUCACCACGGAGAAAUUACACGACUCAAGUGCUACCAAAACAACAGAAACAGAUCACAAAACCUCACAGCCUAAAGACCCUUUAGGUAAAUCUGUGUCCAAUGUUUACAAAGAAAAGCUCCAAGAUCUUGCAGACAGGUGUAAACGUAAAACCCAACAUUCUGACGGUGCCACGUCAUCAGACACCAACACAGACCCCGUAACAGAAGACGCACAAGGCUGGUCUCAGUGCCCUAGCCAGUCGUCCGCCUCUGAGGUGGUCACCUGCACACACUGUGCCAGAGGUUCAGGUGCCGCAGCCAGAUCUGAUUCCAACCUGCAAGAAAGGUUCCAGGACAUGGAGUCCUCUAGCCUGUCUGGUCAGAAGAUUGAAGAUAUUAUCAUGAGCAAAGUGUUUGUGCCUGUAGAGGUCUCUACAACGCCAGAACUCAAGACUUCGACAAAUAUUUUUAGUAUUCCUGAGUAACGUUUCUCUUCUAAACUAUUGUAACAACUAGUUGCCAACUGUGAUUGUAACCAUUAUUUUUUGACACAAUUAUCCAGCUUAUCAUAUUUAUUUUGAAUUUAAAUAUAUAUUUUUGGGUUCUGAUAUGUCACCUGUAUUACAUUAAUAAACUAAAGAAAUAUUCAAAUUGUAAGAAAACUAUUUUAAUAUAUAUUUUAAAGCCAUUUUUUUAAAAUAAUGAUUUUGUGACUCAACCUCAUUAGGUGAUGUUUGAUAAUAUUAAAUCGUUCCCACAAUGCAUUGGGAGACCCUCAUUUACCCAACUGACAGGUACCAAUCUCAAAGAGUUCUUUGGCUAAUCAUUCGCGCCAUAAAAAUUGUAUCGAUAUUCUUAAUUUUCGCCGUCAAUGCUAGUUUAAGUUUAUGUUGAGCUUUUUGCUUAAAUGAGUGCAGUUAUUUUAAAAUUGAUACACCCUCAUGAAACAAUAUAUUUGAGAAUUAAUUAAAAACUUUUGAAAAUUUAUACUGAAAUGUAUAGCUUACUCACAAGUUACAAGUGUGAGUUUAAGAAAUGUGUAAUGUAAUGCGAUUUUACAAGUAAAUGGUAAUUAUAUAAUGAAAUAUUCAAUGAAGAUGAAGUACCAAGUUCAGAAUAAAAAAUGUAAUGUAAUGAAUUACAAAUACAAUGUGAAGAGUUUGACUUUCUUUUUAUAAAAUGUUGAAUCAGUCUUAGAAAUAUAUUUUUUAAACUACUAUUUAAAAGAUUGCAGAUUUAUUUUGUAAAAAAUUCAUAUUUCAAAAUUGUACGUUUACAGUUUUAUAAAAAAAAUAUAUUUAAAAUAUAAGUAUUUUAGUUAAUCAUAUUUUUGUAUCAUUAAUAUAAUGGAAUAAUUUAUUUUUAACAAAUGUGAUA